UGGUCAUGUAAGGCUGGUAUCAUAGCAACAAGCUUAAACAAACGGGAGACGGAGAAAAUGGCGACGCAGAGAGAACGAGACGCGGCUGACUAUGUGAAGAGACACCGAAUAAUGGAGCUGAUGGAGAACCUGAGCAGUCUGCUCUUCUUCUACAGACCCGAGAAACCCAGAGAGUUUCUUAUAGAGCAGCUGGAACAGCUGAAGAUUUCUCAACAGAGCGGUGGACAAGGGCCCAAUCUGUUCAACAACUCCAACCUGGACGCAGUCCUCGGGAUCCUGGACCCCACUGAUCAAAAACACAUCACUUUUGCACAAUACAAGCACGCUCUGACCACACUGGGCAUAAAGUACUUUGAUGAAUGUCCUGAAGGUGCAAAUGAAGACAGAAUAUCCUAUGAGACGUUUAAAACAGAAGCGACUCAAGGCCUGCAGAGAAGCUCAGCAACAUAUGAACAGCCAUGAAUUUUGAUGCUUUUUUUUGCCCACUCAGUUGAUAUUUAUCAUAAAUAUCAUUAUUUUUUGUACUAAAUAAAGUUUCAUACAGUA